UGUUGCUCUACACGCGUGCGGUUCGCAGUUGCCUCCAUCGUCAGUGUGUUAGUGUUAGUUAGUGUUGGUGUAAGUGCGUGGCGUGCGUUUUGCUUACAUUUUAGGGCGCGCGAGUACUUGGCUAAAUACCCAUAUAUACAUAUAGACUACAAGAAGCCCGAGCUAAGCCACAACGUGAGGCGCGCACAAACAUUUUUAUGUGCGAGAAUUUUAAGUGCAAAUUCACAUACGAGCAACAACAAUGACGACAGCCAAAUGUUUACAUAGCUGCUGCUGCCGCUUGACUUUAAGCAUCCUGCUGUUGCUAGUUGCGCUGACUGCAGCAACGCCCAAUGGCUAUCCGCGUGAAAUAUGUCAAUAUCGCAAGGGUAAACCGAUACAACCCACAAGCGUAUAUCGCAAUCAUUUGAUUGCCAUACGCGAGCAAAUGCUAAUACGUGCCACACUCGAGGGACCCGAGAUCUAUGGCUACAUACUGCCCUCCACCGAUGAGCAUUUGAACGAGGAGGUGGCGACGCGUGAUCAGCGUCUGCGCUAUCUCAGCGGCUACACAGGCAAUCGUGCCUUUGCGGCUAUAACGCAGCAAGGCGCCGCCUUAUGGGUAGAACAUCGCUUUGCGCAGCAAGCGGAUGGCGAGCUGGACUGCGACUGGCAGAUUUAUUUGUCCAACGGCAAUGUAAGCAUUGCCGACUGGCUGGCCACUCAGCUGCAUUUCAACAAACGCAUUGGCGCCGAUCCACAUCUGGUGCCGCAUCAUCUGUGGCUGCGUUGGGAACGCGAGCUGGCAGCCAAGCCGCUCAAGCUUGUGCCCAUCAAUAGCAAUCUGGUGGACAUGAUUUGGGAGGGCGAGCGACCAGCGCCACCCAGAGAGAAUGUGAUUCAAGUGCAAACGCGUGACUUUGCAGGUGAAAAAUGGGAGGAUAAAGUAAUUGAGCUGCGACGUCAACUAAACAAACUAAACUGCGAAGCAAUGAUUGUUACAUCCUUAACUGAGAUUGCUUAUCUGCUGAAUAUACGCGGCACAGAUAUACCCUAUACACCUGUAGUGAAGUCCUAUGCCAUUGUCAGUUUGACUGACAUAUUCUUCUAUGUGGAUCAUACUAAAAUUAAUCUAAGCAUAGAUUUGCAUUUGCGUACGGAUUGUUAUAAUGAAAAUUGCGUCAAAAUCAAGGAGUACAAUCAAGUUUGGAGUGACAUACGCACGUACGUGCAAAUCUGGAAGCGUGUGCUUGUGCCUGCGCCCUGUGUGCAAGAGCAAGGCGCCUCCGAAGCCAUCUACUCAUAUGUGCCACAGAAGAAUGUCUUCGAACACAUUUCGCCCAUAAUCUUUAUGCGCGCGCAGAAGAAUUUUGCAGAGCAGGAAGGCAUGCGUAUGGCGCAUAUACGCGAUGGCGCUGCACUCUGCGAAGCGAUGAGCAAUCUGGAGUCGAGAUUCUACACUGAGCAAUGGACGGAGGAGAAAAUUAAAUACGAAAUUGAGCUGUGGCGUUUAUCUCAUGCCAAUGCCAAGGGCUUGUCGCUGCGCACUGUUGUUGCCUAUGGCGAGCAUUCGGCGCUGCCUUAUUACAUAUCCAGCAAUGUAACCAAUAUAGAGGUGUCUGAUCAGAGUUUGCUGGUCAUAGAGUCGGGUGGUCAGUAUCUGGAGGGCACAACAGAUGUGUCACGCACUUUUAUCUUUGGCGAACCCACGCGUGAUAUGAAACGCGCUUAUACAGCUGUGCUAGCGGGUAUUUUACAUAUAUCGGAUUUGAGAUUUCCGGCGUCUGUAAAGCCCGCAGGUGUGGAUAGUGUAGUGCGUGCUAAGGUGUGGCAUGAAUUGAGCGAUUAUCCGCAAGCUACAGGUCAUGGCAUAGGCGCCUAUGGCUCUGUCGAAGAACCUCCCAUCUCUGUGGCUUAUGGACAAAACAAUAACUUUCUCUUCAAGCAAGGCUACUUCUUUUCCAGCGAGUCUGGUUUCUAUAAGCGCAAUGACUUUGGUGUGCGCAUCAAGAACGUGCUGGAGGUUUUGGAUACGGACAAGACUACAACCAGCGGUGAACACUUUCUAGCAUUCCAAUCGGUUACGCUGGUACCAUAUGAACCCAAGCUUAUUGAUGGCUCCAUGCUCAGCUCCGAUGAGAAACGCAUGCUAAACAAAUACAAUGCCAAAAUACGCAAACAAGUGGGUGACGAGCUUAAGAAACUGGGCAGCAUGAAAGCCUUUUACUGGAUGAUGAACAAAACUCGACAUAUACGCGAAUAUCUGCCCGAGGAUGAAUAUCGUGCAGCCAUGGGCGGUGGUGUGGAUCGGCUGCAGCUGAAUUAUUUCUACAUAUUAACACUCAGUCUGCUGAGCUGCACUUUGUUCAUUUGGAGUGCCUAGCUAGCAUAUAGUUUAACUUAGCCUAUGCUUGUGUGUAUGAGUAUGCGUGAAUGUGCUUUGAGUGUCUGUGUAUAACUUUGGAAUAUCUUAGUACUUAGUUAGCUAUGAAAUUUAAAGAGAGAAUUUGGGACUAACAUUUAAAUGAAAAUAAUACCAAUAUUAAUUGUUAGUUAUUGUAUUUAAGUAGACGCACUUUGUUUUUAGCUUGAGCCAACAUUAAUUCCACAACAAAACCCUAAAACAUAACUAAACCAAGCCAUAAAUACGUAUAAUAAACAAAAAAAAAAAUUAAAUUGUUAAAAAUAUUUUG